GUCGAUUCUGUCGAUUCUGUCGAUUCUGUCGAUUCUGCAUACUGUUCAUUCAUUCCCUGUCCAAAUACUGUCCUGUUGCACUUGGCAGUUGCUCCAGAAUCUUAUCAUCCCCGAGAUCCGCACACAUAGAACAGCUCCAACACCACACCGAUGCGAUUGAUCCACAUUGCCCGGGCCGCUCGGCGGCCCCUUUUCCUGUUGUCAGCCGGGCGCUGCUCGCUAUCUGCAGCAAGCUUGUCCUCUAUCCGACUGCACUCCACCGCCGUGCCCUUGGUUGACAAGAGCGCGCCCCUCGGGACUCUGCGCGAGUGGUCCUCGCAGUUCUACUCCUCGCCAGGCUUUUCACGAACCCACAGCUGCGGAGAGCUGUCUCCUGAGCACGAUGGCCAAUCGGUGGCUCUGAGUGGCUGGGCAUUGAAUUCGCGCAAGAUCGGAUCGGACUUGACGUUUCUGCCUCUCCGCGACGCACACGGCACCGUCCAGCUGGUGCACCAAAUCUCGCUGGACUCUCCCUCUGAAAAAGACCUGUUCAUCCGCGAGACCCUGCUCUCGCUGACACCCGAGUCUGUCAUCUCCAUCAAAGGCAUCGUAAGGCGUCGCCCGGAGGCGGCCGUCCAGGGCGGCUCGCCGCUGGGCUCCAUCGAGGUCUCGGUGACGGAUCUCAAGGUUCUGAACAGAGCCUGUCCACUCCCAUUCUCGACAGUCUCCAAGGCCCUGAUCCCGAACGAAGAGGCCCGCCUCAAGUAUCGCUAUGUCGAUCUCCGGCGCCCCAAGCUGCAGGACAACAUCCGCAAACGAUCGCGUGCCGCCCGCGCCGCCCGCGACUUCCUGUAUGCCCACGACUUUGUCGAGGUCGAGACUCCGUAUCUCUUCAAAAGCACCCCCGAGGGUGCUCGUGAGUUUCUGGUUCCCACCCGCACCAAGGGCAAGUUCUAUGCUCUGCCGCAGUCGCCGCAGCAGUACAAGCAGGUCCUCAUGUCUGCUUCGGUGGACCGAUAUUUCCAGAUCGCUCGCUGCUUCCGCGAUGAGUCGCUCGGCGCCGAUCGCCAACCCGAGUUCACCCAGAUCGAUAUCGAAAUGUCGUUUAUCGAGAUGAACGACAUCAUGAAGUUGCUCGAGUCUCUGGCUGCGACCAUCUGGAAAGAAGUGCUCGGCGUCGACAUCCGACUGCCCGUGCCUCGCAUGACCUACGCCGAAGCCAUGCGUCGCUUUGGAUCCGACAAGCCUGACAUCCGCUUUGACAUGGAGAUUCAGCCGCUUAUCGACUCCAUCGACUCGGGCCAUAUGGUCGAGGGCCUGGUCGUCAAGCAGGCACACAAACACCUCAACACGAAACAGCUUCAGUCUCUCCGCGAUACCGUUCUACAAGAAAACUUUGUCCAUCUUGGAGGCUUCCCCAAGAGCCAGGAUCUACUCUUUGUCAAGAUCACUAACGACAACCUCCAAAGCUGGCCACAGAAGAUACGGUUUCUCUCCGGCCAUCCUGAGGCCGCUGCCAAGUUGGGUGGCGUGGAGCCGGGGGAUUUGGUUGUCCUCAACUACCGCAAACAGGGCUAUCUUGGCCCACACACCAUCAUGGGCCGGACGCGACUACAUCUUUCCAAGGCCCUGAUAGCCGCUGGUGCUCUGGACAUCGAUCCGUCGCGUGCUCUUUCAUUCCUGUGGGUCCACGAUUUCCCGCUCUUCACACCCACUGCCGACAUCGAUACUGCCUCUGGCGAGCUUGCCCUCGAGGCAACGCAUCACCCCUUCACCGCACCCAACCCUGAAGAUCUGCACCUCCUCCCAAGCGAUCCGCUUUCUGUCCGAGGUCUGCAUUAUGACUUUGUCCUCAAUGGCCAGGAAAUCGGUGGCGGCUCCAUCCGCGCUCACGACCCCCGCCUCCAGAACUAUAUCUUUUCGGAGAUCCUCAAGAUUCCCUCCGAGAAAGUCCAGACGGACUUUGGCCACCUGCUCGAUGCGCUGCAGUUUGGCUGCCCACCACAUGGUGGCUUUGCCUUUGGCUUUGACAGACUCAUGGCCAUUCUGUGUGGAGCCCCGAGUAUCCGCGACGUGAUCGCCUUUCCCAAACUAGCCGGCGGCGAUCUCUUCGUCGACAGCCCCAACAGCGUGAGCAAUGAGCGACUCAAGGAGUAUCACAUCCAGAUCGAAGCCAGCAACAACGUCUGAGCAAGUCAGGUAUCCCGGCACGGCUACAAUGCGUG